UCUUUCGGGGUGCUGCGUACCUACAUGAAACCCCGCCGUUGCCAUGGCUUGGAGAUGAAAGGAAGGAUUAUUCUACUUGGCACCCAUUAGGUUGGCGCUGUCUAAAUAUCGUCCGGUCUAAAUCUGACCCAGAACUACUUUCCUUCAUCUUUCUUUCUUUCUUCCUUUCCAACUCUCUCCCUUUUCCUCCUCUGGUCUUUGUUCUCCCUCCCCUCUUUUGUACUCGCUGAGAGAGGGAUGUGUGUGCCAGCCCGGAGUGGAGGCUUAAAGACCCGGGUUUUUGAAAAUGAACACCCUACUGUGUUUGACUUCCUGUGAGAACAGCACAGCCCCUCUUCAAAGCCUGCAUACUGCACUUUAUAAAGAUAAUGCUGCGAAGGGAGGGCUUCACGGUCCAAGUCAGCGUCAACGACUACCUGGACAUCUACUGCCCGCACUACAACAGCAGUCAGCGGGGGACGCUGGAGCGCGUCGUAGCCGAGCAGUACAUCCUCUACAUGGUCAGCUACCGCGGAUAUCGCACCUGCGACCCCCAGCUGGGAUUCAAGCGCUGGGAGUGCAACCGGCCCCACGCGCCCCACGCGCCCAUAAAGUUCUCCGAGAAGUUUCAGCGCUACAGCGCCUUCUCGCUGGGCUACGAGUUCAACGUGGGCCAGGAGUACUACUACAUCUCCACACCCACUCACCACCACGGCCACAGCUGCCUCAGACUGAGGGUCUACGUCUGCUGCUCCACUGUCUCCCAGGCAGAUGACGACUCCAGUCAGACUUCUCCCGACUACACAGUCAGGCCAAACAUCAAAAUACACGACAUCGAUGAAUUUAACCCCGAAGUUCCCAAGCUGGAGAAAAGUGUCAGCGGCAGCAGCCCGUCGCGCGACCGCCUUCUUCUCACCGUGGCGACGCUGCUGGUCUCCGCCGUCCUGUUGUCCUAGCGACUGUCCCCGAGUGACGCCUCGUACACAGCCGGACCGCCUUGUCCAAAGGGCUUCGCAUCCACCGUGGUGAAGGGUGACGGGAACGCAGAGGAGUAUCAAGCAGAGGUGUAACAAUACCAACAAUCAGACGGGCUCACAUACAAAUCUUGACCUUAGCUUAACGGACUUGGAAAAAAAAAAAAAAAAAAGAGAGAGGCCUUUUUGCUGUCACGUUCACGCCAGUGUAUUCUGACACUCUCAUGUGUUGUUGGGCAUCUUCAUCACCUGAAACACCGCUGCUCUCAUGCCUGGUGCGAGCAAGAACAUGAACUCGCGAUGAGUCGGACGCAGACCGCACACGCUCGCUGCAGCGCGGUCAUGAAGCCACCCGAGGAGGUGAGUCGGCAGCCGUGAGCCUUGAAGACAGCGGCAACCUGCGCCUCUUGCGGUGGAUUUUAAGGCCUUGGACCACAGAGCUGGCGCGUUGACACAUUCAGCCUGACCUCUGACGCAGGGGAAGAGAUAGACGGACUCCGGAGCUGCUCUGAUCUCGCCGGGUCGUCGCAGGAUGUUUCUCUAAUCAUUCUGUAACGAGAACUGCUGCCAUUGUCCUGGAUACUGCAGAAUGUUUUCACGCUGUUCUGAAGACGAUGCUCGUAAUAAGAGCCCAGAAGAAAGAAGAAGAAGAAGAAAAAAAAAACUUUGUGAGGAUAUCCACAGGCCUUUUAAGAACCCAUUUUCUUCAGACAUCAAAAAUACCCCUGACUUUGUGAUAGGUACAGAGGCGAGGCCGGCGUUUCUUAGAAGGUAGCGAGUGCCCUCUUAGAACUAGUCUUUUGUCUGCGUUUCCUGCCUUCACACUGUAACAACCCUAGAAAAAUACAGACUCGGGACUAGUAAUUUGACGGCACUUAGACGUGGUAGAUGUGGUAGCUGUGUGUUUUUGUCCCGGUGCAUUUACCUUCAGCACUUGACGUAAAUUUUCCGGAUGUCAGAUCUUUCUCCCGGCAGCAGCGCAGCAAUCAGCGCAGUCGUUCAGAAUGUCACUAAUUUACAACCCAAAAAAAAAACAAAAAAAGAAAAAGAAAAAGAGGACGGAGGGGAGAAAAAAACGGCUCCUUCUGAGAAACCAUGUCCGUUCACAGCCGGCCAGUGCUGACGACCACCACGGCUGUCGCGGUCACCAUGGAAACGACCCCAUACAGUCGCCAAAGUGCGGCAGGUGCCUGAGGAGAAAUUUUGCUUUGAGUCUCAAAGUAACGCUGCCGCCAUUUUGUUAAAAAAAAUAAAUAAAUAAAAAAACAAAAACAUGUUCAAAAAAUUUCAAAAAAACAACAACAAAAAAAAAGAAACACACGUGUGAAUGUGCAAAUAAAGACAAGUUCACUUUUUUUAUAUUGUAAUACAGGACAACGUAGGCUGGCGUUAAUCAGAUUACAAUGUUGUUUUUUUUUAAUUUAUAUUUAUUUUAACAUUGAAAUGUUAAUUAUUUAUCUAAUUUAUUUGUGUGCAUUCGUAGGCCUUUGCUCAAUAAGCUAUUGUGCCAUUUUUUUAAUUGUUUUUCUUAAAACGGUGGAAUUUAUACUGCAGCAUUUUUUGCUUGUGUAGAUAAAAAUAAAUGUAAUUCAGCCUGACACAGAGGGAGGGUUAUUGGCUGUGGCUAAUCAGUAGGGACGUGCGCUCCGUAACCCCGCUCUCAUGUAAUAGAUCCCGCUGACCAGAUUACGUUGCCGAAGAGAGCAUGUCGUAAAGCAACUGUGAAUGCCCAGAUGCCCCGACCGAGCCAGUGAGGAUGAGGAGCAGCUCUUCCCCCGGUGCUGCUCCUGCUAAACCCUGAGGUCUGCAUUUUAAUGUAUAUUUAUAAUACAUGCCGGUUAUGGAAUGUGUGUGCUUGUGCACAGGAUUGAGUGUGUGUGCGUGUGCGUGCGCGUGUGUGGGAGCAUAUGUGUGCACACUGGUGCGUAUGUAUGUAGAAUGUGUUUGUCCGCGCUUUUCAAGUAUGUGGCAUUUAGAAAAUUUCGUACUCGCUUAAGGAGUCAUUUGUAGGAUCUGAAUAUGCAAGAGUGUAUGAGAGCGUGUGUUCUUCUGUAAUGUUAGUUUAUGUUCCAGGGUUUCGGGAGGCGGGCGAAAAGCAUUUAGCGAUGUUGACGACAACCACGAGACAUGUGUUUACCUUUGAAUGAAUAAACAACUGUAAAUUGAACCAAGAAUGAU